AUGCGGUGGCUGCUAAUGGUGUUCUUGGUGGUCCUGACGCUCAAUCUUAUGCCACUAGACGCCAAUUCGCAGAAUAACGAAGGCUACGAUAACGAUAAGGAAAAAUAUAAAAAAUAUAAUAAAGGUUCAGAAACUCAAAAGAAUAUUAUCGAUAUUAAGAAUAAAAAUAUAAUUGCUACGGUCGAAAAAAACCUGAUGACUCUGUUUGGGUUUUCCAAAAGGCCGAGAAUCAAUAAAAGGGACGUUGUCGUUCCUAAAGCUAUGCUAGAUUUGUAUAAAAAACAAACAGGCAUGGAUUUGGAUACCACAAAUUUUAUGUUACCGGGCAGACUUACCUCUUCUGCUAAUACGGUCAGAAGCUUUACCCAUCAAGAAAGUCCGAUUGACAACCAAUUUCGUCAAAGGCAUCGUUUUCGUUUAUCUUUUCCAAUAGAAGGAUCAAUACCAAAGUCAGAAAGGCUAAAGGCAGCGGAAUUGCACCUGAAUCGAGUGUCAAUACCUCAAGCGGUUCAAAAUGGGUGUCACACCCUUCAAAUUCUAGUCCAUGAUAUCAUACUACCCGGAAUUAAAGGAAAGCGUCAAACAAUUACUAGGUUAAUUGAUUCAAAGCAAGUUUUUUUAAGUGAAAAUGAAACUGUCAAAAUGGACGUGACUCCGGCUGUCGAAAGAUGGUUGGCUAAUUCCGCUGAUAACCACGGUCUGCUCGUGAAAAUUGUGAUUCCAAAAACAAAAUCAAAUAAAUACUAUAAGAAUUUAAUGUUGAGUAAAUUAAACCAUAUUGACAAACAUGUUAGAUUAAAACGGGAAGCGCACGUCGGACGAAAAGACUGGAAGAAGGUUGAACCAUUGCUAUUUACGUAUACGGAUGAUGGAAAAUCUAAAAGUUCUUGGAAAGAUUCAUCGGCGGGAAGGCUGAGGAGGGGAAUAAGAAAACAUAAGAGAAAAGAUGGAAGAGAGCACUGCAGGCGGCACGAACUCUAUGUUAAAUUCGAAGAUGUCGGAUGGGACGACUGGAUUUUGGCUCCCCCCGGCUACGACGCUUUUUAUUGUUCCGGAGACUGUCCUUUUCCACUGUCCGAUCAUUUUAAUUCAACCAAUCAUGCUAUUGUUCAAACUUUAGUUAAUAGUGUAUUUCCAAACACGGCACCAAAAGCAUGCUGUGUUCCCACCGCCCUUGCACCAAUAUCAAUGUUAUAUGUAGAUGAAGAAAACAAAGUUAUAUUAAAAAAUUACGACGAUAUGUCAAUUUUAGGAUGCGGUUGUCGAUGA